AGCUAUAAUGAGCCAAAGUAUAAGACAUUCAUUUGACAACUGACAGUGCUCCCAAUUAGUACAUUUCUUCGGACUACAAAAAAUGAAGGUCUACAUAUUUUGUCUUGCACUUUUCGGAGUGGCAUUUGGUGAAGUGGCAAAGUUCACAAGAUGCGAUGAAUCCAACGACGACAUUUGCGAGGUGAAAGAAGUCCGUGUGACUCCUUGCAACGCCGGCGCAGCGACGUGUGCUCUCACACUUGGAAGCGAGUCGAGCAUCGAGUUUGAUUUUGUCCCCAAGUUCGCCGCAAGCCAGCUAACAUCGACCUUGUUCUGGGCGUCCCCCGGAGGAGACGUGCCGUUCAGCGAGUUCUCUAACGUCGCGGCCUGCGCCUACACCAGCUGUCCGACUCAGCCCGACGUGCAGCAGCAGCUAGCCUACAGCUUGCGCCUCAGCAAGAAACUGCCUACCGGUAAAUUCACAUUCAAAUGGCAGCUGUGGGACGCAAACGACAAGUCCAAAAAGUGUUGCUUCAAGACCAAUGUCAAGCUUCUCAAAGACAGAAAAACACAUAAAUAGACAACACACAUACAUGCGGCGUGCGAUGACAUUAUAUAAAAAAUAUUAUAAUUAUUAGCAACAGG